CGGGGAUAGGUAAGAAAGGUGCAUGCCGCAGAUUGCAGAAGAGGAGAUAGGCUGAACCUCCAUAGUUGAUUGCUGGUAGUUAUAAGUUCUAAAGAGAGGCCAGGCCAGGCCUUUCGAAUUCCAGUUCCCUUUAUUCGGUACGCGCCUUUCUUCUUCCUUCUAUUUCUUUUCUGUAUAUAUAAUUUCCCCCUUUGGAAACUAAAUUAAAUCUGGGCGACCUUGAUUUGCAUUUGUCUGCCCGCAUACCCAUAACUUAUUUUUGUCUCUUUUUGCUUUCACAAAACUUUUGAUUGUGAUGUUUAUUGCUUAUCAAAUAGUGGUAACACUAAUAUAUUAAAUGUAAGAAUAUAAAGUGUUGAAUUCUGUUCCGCAAGGAGGAAACAAGAUGAUUAGCAAUGGCUGCUUAACCUUUUUUACCGUGCAGGUUGUCUAAGUCGCCACCCCUAUUUCUUUUUGUUGUUGAUAGCCUAGUCAUAAUGCUAUUAAUAAGAGAAUAAUAAGUUUAAAUGAAGUUUAUUUUCCUGGGCUAGAGCGAAAAGAGGCUGAUCCUGGCCUGAAUCCUGAUAGUGAAAUCAAACGGCUAAUAGCUUUCAAUAUGUUAGCUUAUCUACCCUUUUCUUCUCAUAUCUAAGUGAAUGUGGUUGCCUCUUUAACCCGUGGCAAAUGACAAUGAUUUCACUAUUACUUACUAUACCUGUCUGGCUGUCUCCUCAUCAUUUUCUCUUACAAUCUUCAUUUUUUUCAUUUGGUUGUUUUGUAUAAAUCAAUUCUUUAUAAACAGCUUUCAUGUAGAAUAUCCAUUUCCAAGUGACUUUGAUUUUUUUUUGGUUUCCCUUUUUUUGCCUGAUAAUAAAUAUUUCAUUGUGUUUUAGUAUUCCAUUUAUCUGUUAUUCCCAAACAGCUGACUGCAUUUGUAUUCUACUUUACACCUUGUUUCAUGAUUGAAUUUCUGCCAAUUAGAUCUUUUCUAACCAGCUUAUGUCAUGGAGGGUGGAAAUGGAAAUGAUCCUUGUGAAAGUUCAGUAUUACAGAAAGAUAUUUAUCAAGGGAUUGAUGAUGAUGUUAAACGGAAUUCUAAAGAUCAGAGAGAUGCUCUGGGGGAUGAACCUAAAUGUGUUAUUUGCGGGCGCUAUGGCGAGUAUGUAUGUGGUGAGACAGAUGAUGAUAUUUGCAGCUUGGAAUGUAAACAAACUCUACUCCUCAGGGUUGCUAACUCAUUGCCAGUUUGCUCAUCAUCUACUCAGAGAUUACCUGCUACUGAUGAAUGCUUUUAUGUUAGAGAUUCUGUUGAUAGGUCAGGCCCUCCAUCUUUAACUUGUGAUCAAGCUGAAUUGCUUCGAAACAAACUUGAAAUCCAUGUAAAAGGAGGUGUGAUUCCUGCUCCAGUAUUGGCAUUUUCUUCCUGUGGUCUUCCUCAGAAGCUCCUACAAAAUAUAGAAACUGCAGGGUAUGUCAUGCCAACACCGGUGCAGAUGCAAGUAAUCCCAGCUGCUUUAGAUGGACGAAGCCUUCUUGUUUCAGCUGACACAGGCUCUGGGAAAACUGCUUCCUUUCUUAUUCCUAUUAUUUCUCUUUGUGCAAAACUUUACCCCAACAACAACUCAAAUCUCAGAAAGCCAUUAGCGGUGGUUCUAACACCAACUAGGGAACUAGGUAUCCAAGUUGAGGACCAAGCUAAGUUGCUUGGAAAAGGUUUGCCUUUCAAAACUGCACUUGUGGUUGGUGGAGAUCCCAUUGCUAGACAACUCUAUCGCAUUCAGCAAGGAGUGGAACUAAUUAUUGGAACACCGGGCAGGCUUAUUGAUAUUUUAACCAAGCAAGAUAUUGAAUUAAGUGACGUAAAGAUAUUUGGUCUGGAUGAAGUGGACUGCAUGCUUCAAAGGGGCUUCCGGGACCAGGUGAUGCAGAUUUUUAGGGCUCUGUCACAACCCCAGUUACUGAUGUAUUCUGCAACAAUUUCACAAGACGUGGAGAAAAUAGCAAGUUGUAUGGCAACAGAUAUUGUUACUGUUUCUAUUGGCAAGCCUAACAGGCCGAGUAAGGCUGUGAAGCAGCUAGCUAUCUGGGUUGAGUCAAAACAAAAAAAGCAAAAGCUUUUUGACAUAUUAAGGAGUAAACAUUUUAGGCCACCUGCUGUAGUGUAUGUGGGUUCCAGAGCAGGGGCAGAUCUACUGUCUGAUGCAAUUACAGCCACCACUGGAAUUAAAGCUUUGUCAAUACAUGGGACGAAGUCCAUGAAGGAAAGGAGAGAAAUAAUGAGGAUGUUUUUAGUUGGAGAAGUAUCAGUAGUUGUGUCUACUGGGAUUUUGGGUCGCGGAAUUGAUCUUUUAGCUGUGAGACAGGUGAUAGUGUUUGAUAUGCCCAAUUCCAUUAAGGAGUAUGUGCAUCAGAUUGGUAGGGCAUCAAGAUUAGGGGAGGAGGGUAAUGCAAUUGUUUUUGUGAACGAUGAGGAUAAGAAAUUGAUUCCAGAGUUGGUAGAUAUUUUAAAAUCCUCUGGAGCUGUUAUUCCUCGAGAACUUGGUAAUUCACGGUAUAAUGUUGUUUCUUUGUCAUCAGGCAAGAACUUCAAGAAAAGAAAGUAUGGUGGCUGAAGUUGCGUGCCUUUUAUAUUUUAGCCCCCUUUUUUUUUCAGUUCAUCACAUCACACAUGGUUAAAGAAGCCAAAAAUGUAAAAGCUUUUGUUUACAAAUGAUUGUGUAUUAAAUUCUGCUGAAGCAGGUUUGGUAGUUUGAAGUAGUUCAUAAAAUAUGCUCUUCGAGUCGGGACCUGUGUUACUUCUACAAGGAUGAAUGGUGUUGGAUCUAGCACCUUUCCCUUAA